AUGCCGACGCCGAUGUUCUUGCGCAUCCUGCGGCUGGCCCGGGUCGCCCGGGCGCUCCGCUUGUUCGUGCAGUUUCGGACGCUCUGGAUGCUGGUCUCGGGACUCAGCUCGUCGCUGUCAGCAAUCCUGAACGUUUUCAUUGUCCUCCUGCUGGUCCUCUUCGUGUUCGCUGCCCUGGGCGUGGAGCUCAUCACCAACAACGAGCAGCUGAAUGACACCAACCGAGCACUGGUGCAGGAGUUUUUCCCAUCCCUGCCGAUGAUCAUGCGGGCAUUGGUGCAGUUUGUGAUCCUCGACGACAUCGGGCCGAUCUACACACCGAUGAUAAAGGAUGAUGCCUGGCUGAUGCUGUUUUUCUUCCCUUUCCUGCUGGUGGUUUCUAUUAUCCUUAUGAACGUGGUCACGGCCGUAGUCAUCGAAGUCUUCCUAGAGCAGGGGAAGCGCGACCAAGAAACGCGACGUUUGUGGAAUAAUCAGAGAAUGCAGCAGUUGCUGCCGAAUUUAAAGAGUAUGUUUAAUGCACUUGACGCGGAUCAGAGUGGUUAUGUUACAUUGGACGAAUUGACGUCCGCCGAAAAAGAUGUGCAGAAAGAGUUGGAGAAGUUGAUGAAUGUAGAUUCCCUCCUCGAUCUGUUUGAAGCUCUGGACGUGGACGGCUCCAUGGAGGUGAGCAUCGAGGAGUUCCUCGACGGCAUGCUGCGGCUGAUUUGCAGCAACCAUUCCAUCGACAUGACUCGCGUCCUCAAGCUGCUGAGGCUGGUCCGACAGGACCUGGAGGAGCUGAAGUACUUCUUCGAGGUGAAGUUCGCACGGGCCACCUUCUGGCACUCCACGGCCUCGGCCAGGACGCAGGAGCCCACGACGAGGGGGAGCGAGCCAGAACAGGGCCAUCUCCUGGGGUCACCUUCCUGCCGGACGCCGGCGAGGACGAGAACGCGGAGCCCCCAGCGGACGUCUGAGGGCGGCCCGCCGUCGGCCGGACGGGGGCACCGGAUGCUCCCCGUCGAGUGUGCAGGGUGA